UACACGUGUAAUACUCUGGAAAAAGAUGCGAAAAAAAGAGAGAGAAUAAGGAGUUGCCAAAUAAAAAAUUAUUAAGUAAAAAAAAACUGUUCAGUUUCUUCUUCCUCUCUUCUUCACGAUUUCUCUCUAACGGACAUUCUCUAGGCGAUUUUAUUAGCGAUUUCUUGUGCGAUUUAUUCUCUUCACUUCAAAAUGGUUUCAUCUUCAUCGUUUUCGGCUUCUAUUUGCGAAGAUCUUCAGGUAAGGUUUUCAUUAUAUCUCACCGAGAAAGUUAGUUUUUUUUUUGAAUUUGUUAUGUGUGUACUUGGGCAAAUAUUUACGGUAGACAAGAUCUUAGUCGAAUGGGUUAUAGUAUUCGAGUUUUAUAGUUAAGAAAAAUUUGGGUUUCGGUUUGAAAAUCGAGUCAUAUGAGAGUUUUGUCUCUAUCAGUUUCGUAAUGGUCAUACUCUCACACUGGUCGUACUCGAAGGGUGUGACACGUUUGACUAGUCAGAUUAAACUAGGUACACCCGUCAAUGGCCAUACCAGUGAAGUCGUCACACCGUCACACUGGUCACACUGGUUUCUACCAUAGUGGUCACACUCGUCACACUAGUCACACUUCAAGGGUGUAACGAGUUUGACUAGUUUUAUCAAACUGGAUACACGUGUCACUGGUCACACCAGUGAAGUAGUCACACCGUCACACUAGUAAAACUAGUGACGAAGUAAUGUUGUCAUACUAGUCACACUGGCCGCAUACGAAAUGGUCAUACUAGUCACACUGAUUGCAUUUGAAAGGUGUGACCAGUUUGACGAGUUUGACUAAUAUGAUAAAACUGGUCAAACUGGUCACACCGGUCAAACAAAACUGAUAAUGAGUGAAUUUUGUUUUUGCAGGUUCCUUUUGUAUAUGACUUGAAAGACAUUCAUCAGGCUCCCAAGAUUACAACGAAGUGUUAUCCAUAUGAAACCAUUCGAUCUCUAAAAAAGGCCUUGACAAAUGAAGAAUUCAGAUUCUUCAACAAAGAGUCACAGUUUCGUCACAUCUUCCAUCUUAAAUGCGAAGAAACAUUGAAGAUGGUUCCGACAUCUGUUCUCUUACACCGUGCAUUGAAGUUGGAAGGAGUGGUGAAAGAGCUAUGGUUUGUUCUGAACGGUGUGCCCAUCAGAUACUCGAUCACCGAACAUGCCAUUAUCUCCGGUCUCAAUUGUGACAAGUAUCCUAAAGAUUGGGCAGAUUUCAAGGGAAGCCAGUUUCAGAUGAAAACAUUUGGGCCUUCAAAGGUGACCAUAUCAGGGGUAAUAGAAAAGUUGAAUAACACUCCAAUCCCAGAUGUGGAAGACAUAAAAAUAUUACCAAUACUUGUUUUGCUAGGCAGAGUACUAGACCAUGGCAUCAAGAACACUGAUGUGAUUCCCACUGCCUUAGUAGACAUGGUCGAUAAUCUGGACUUCUGUGAAGGGUUUCCAUGUGGGAGAUACACCUUCGGAAAAAUGAUCGAUCAAAUAUGGAAGGUGUAUGCAAGCAGCUCUAAACCGAAGGACAGAUGGCAUUGUCCGAGAUUUGUGAUACCUCUUAUGUUGCUUCCUUUUGAAUGCGUGGAAAGCUUAGGGGGAUGGUAUAUGGCUGAGGAAGGUGUUGAUCCAACUUGUCCUAGGAUGGGCAAGAAGCGCAUCCAACCGGGCCUUUUUGUCACACAUACAAACGUGAUGAAAAAGUCGGUGUGACAUCACAGGGUAUUCGAAGUGUUCUUCAAAUAAAGGAGGAAAAAGAACAUAUUCUUUUUAAUCUACAUGAAGAUGAAAAUAGUCAUCCGGUGGUGCAAAGUUGGAUGCAACAAUUGAGGAUGAGUCCGACAAGUAUUUGUUUCGAGAAAAUAUGUUAAAUAUGUUAAGAACAUAUCGUGUGUACUUCUUCAUGAACCCAUGAUCCUCUUUUUAAUUAGUUGUAU